AUGACUGGUACAAUAAUAGGUUUAAAAACAUAUUUACCAGCGACAAUAGGUGAUCGUUUAUUACCGUUUAUUGUUGAUUACAGUAGUUUGAUAUUUGGCAUGAACGAGGAUGACCAAAAUUCGGCACACGAUAUGAUCGAGUAUUAUGUAGAAAUUUAUAAAACCACCGAGUAUCCUGGUGUUACUUAUUCGGCAUUAGCAAGUACGGAUGCAAUUAUCUUACGUCACGCACUUGAUAAAACACCAUGGUCAAAUCCGUUUAAAACAAUUCCCCAUAUUAAAGGUGAUCCGAUUCGCGCACGACUGGGAUUCAUUGAGUACAUGAAUCAUUAUUUAUCAACGCCAAUAAUUCCAGAAAAUGUGCUUUUGGCCAUGAUAAAAUCAAAUAAGUUAAUAAAAGCCGUAGAAAAAUUAAUAAAUCGAUUUUCGAGAAAUGCAGAUAUAUUAGCAACUUCAAUGUGUUACAGUUAUCCGCAAGAUCGAUAA